CCCCCCACAAUUUUUUUUUUUUUAUAACCGACCGUCCAAAACAUUUAAGCCGAUAAAAACAUCACCAACUCAUCAUUACCAAUGGGGAUUGAUGCUGUCAAAUGGCGAGGAAAAGGUUGCAGACUCAAAUACUGAGUAUUUAAAAGCGAAAGGGAGCCGAGCAUUCACCUAGCUCAGCAUCAGUGAACAUGGCUAUGGCUAACGAGUCGAAAACAGUACGCAGAAAUGGAGAGCUAAGCGAAUGAUAGCUAGAUGGUAGGAAGGCGUGACAGGCCGCAUCCUGAACUUGUACUUGGAUGUGUAGGAUUGGUCAUCUACACUACUAAUGUGAAAGGCAAUCAAAAAGAUUCGAUUGUGAAAUAAAAUCCAUCUCCCUCCGCUGUCGGGGAAACUCAUAUUUUGACUCAUUGACAUCUGUCAAAAUACAAAGUGAGGAGAAGAAAACAUCAUCUCUUCCCAGAGAAUGAGUGAAUAAACUGAUGUUGAUGAAGGGAAACGAUGAUAUGGAUGAAAACACUAACUGAAACAGCCAACCAACAGCUGUUGACUGAACUGCUCUCUAAUAAAGAUUGUUCUGGGCCAUAAAACACCAAGAGACCAACAACCAACAACAAACAGACCAACAACAUUUCCACACAAGGACAAGGCCUUUUCUCCCCAUGAAACUGUACAAAGUGUUUAAGACUAAAUAAAAUGGCACCAAUCCAUCAAGAUAAAAAGAGAAUACGGUAUCCACGUUGAAAAGAACUGUAAGAACUGGUCACUUUACACUAAAUAACCCCAUUCCCCACACACUUGCUCCCUCUCUUGUUGGAUGGAGAGUGGGGGCAGUGGGCGAUCGGGCGGAAGUAGCAGCAGCCGAAGUGCGCGAACAGGGGGGACCGGCAGUGUUAUUGGGCGGAGUUCGGGAUCGAGCCGAAGCGACUCAGGCAGUUCCAGGUCAAAUAGUGUCACUGCAGGAUCCCUCGGCCGAAGCUCGUCCAUUGGCGGCAGUGGUGGGAUCAUUGUCGCUGCUCCUGGUGCUGGAGGUGUGGCUCCUGCACCCCCAUGUGCCAGUGAGUGGGAGAUGUUCCAAUUUGGAAAAUACAAUUUGGACAUAAUAGAGAUGUUAAGCGGACACCAGGCCCAUCAGUUCAAAGGCCUUGGGUUAGAACGACAGCUACAGCAUCAGCAGCAGGUGCAGCUUCACCAGCACCAGCUCCAGCAGCAACAACAACAGCAGGCCGAGACCUCAGGCGCUCUCCUGUCUGGGCUAGGCCUUGGGUCCCUCCAAGGGGCCAGAAGCAACGCCUUUUCCGAUUCUGCCUCUAUUUUCGCAAAAAUGAGCGCCCCUCCUCCUCCCCCUCUACAACAACAACCUUCUUCGUCCUCACAUAGCUCAAGAUCCAAGUCAAGCAAGAUGAGUAGCAGCAGCUCAAGCCAUGUGUCAGGCUACCCACAGUUCCUGCGUUCCUUCCACCCGACAGAGGCAGCUCUGGCACAGGAGCAACUGCAUUCUGGUGUCGGCCGCUUCGAGCACUUUUCUGGGGGUAGCAGUAGUGGGGGUGCUGGGGGGUUGGGACUUGCCCCCCCUCCACCACCCCCUCUGCAUCCAGGCCUCUCUGUCCCCCAAGCAUCACCUGGCCCUUCAUCCUCUUCCCCCUCCCCCUCCAGUUCAGUGGUAACUAACAAUCCCCCAAGCAGUACAGUCACCUCUCUGGGACACCAGCUGGUUGGGGCCCAGUCUGAUGCACGGAGUCUUCAUCAGCAGUUCAGUUGCAUGCUAGCUGCUAAUCAGUACUUUCUCUCUGGGGUGCCUGCUAACGCGAGCUUAGAGCAGUUUCUGGUUCAACAGGGAACCCACAACCACCUGGGGAUAGGUUUAGGUCAGAGUGAGGGAUCCAGCUCAGGCCUUGCUCCGCCUCCAGCUCUGCAUUCCUCUCAUUCGCAUGGCCUCUCUUCCGCUCAGCCACAGCAGCAGCCUCCACAGCAGCAGCAGCUGCCUCCCCAUACCCUGUCCCACCCCCACUCACACUCCCACCCUCACCACCCCCUACACCCAGGCUCCCAGCCCUCUUCCCUGGGUGGUUUUGACUUCCAGGGCAUCCCAGUGCUCUCCUCCAACCAGCUGGCAUCUCUGAUGCAGCAGGAAGCAGGCCUGCCGCUCCCCCUGCCUCUUCAUCUGUCCCUCUCCAAGGAUGACGGCAAGGGGGACAGCAGUGGGGGCGGAAGCAGCAGCAGUAGAAGGAAGAAAGCGAUGGCUGGCUACCUGCCACAGAGGAAGUCAGAUGGCGGCAGUAACAGCAGCAGCGGCCACAGCAGUGGGAACCCCAAUGCUAGCAGCAGUGCAGGGGGGCUGGGCCACGACCCCUCCCCAGGGCUGGUUGGGGGUGGGGGCGGAGGGGUUGGCAUGUCAGGUUUGGGAGGAGAUCCAUCCCUCCUUGCCUCUUCAUCAUCAUCAUCAUCAUCAGUUGUCUCAUCCUCCUCUUCCUCUGGCCCCUCCUCCACUGCAGCAUCAGUUCUGGUUACUAAUGGUUCUCACCUAUCCAAACCUGAUAACAUGGGCUCCAUGCCAUCUGCAUCUACACAGGCUGACACUGAGCCCCUCUAUAACUGUGGUGAGUGUGGCAAAACCUUCACUCACCUCUCCAGUCUUCGCAGGCACCUGCGUAUGCAUGAGUCUACGGCAGCAGGUACUAGCAAUAAUGUCAGCAUUAACCCAAACCCGACUCAUAUCCAACCACUAACUGACCCCACUCUCCCACACUCCACCCAGGAACACUCCACCCAGGAUCUGAACUCUCAAUCUAACUCGCUGUCCUCCCAACAAUCGUCCAACUCAGUCCAGGCCUCAUCUUCCUGCCCCAGCCCUGACAAGACCUUCAAUUGCUCAGAUUGUGGCAAGCACUUCAAGAAAAAAGGGCACCUCCUCCAGCAUGGCGUCAUCCACUCAGAGGCUCGCCCGUAUGGCUGCAGCAUCUGCUCCCGGGCUUUCAACCGCCGUGAGUCGCUGACGCGACACGAGAAGAUUCACCAGGACAAGCCCUUCCGCUGUCCAGCCUGCGGUCGAUGCUUCCGUGAGAGUACCUCUCUACUCAACCAUGCUGCCUCUGGCACAUGCGGCAAGCCAGGCUACCAUGACGACCACCGUUCUCAAGGUAACCCGUCUCCGUGUUACUCUGGAGCCUCCCCCUGUGGCAGUGGGAUGGUGGGCCCGGCGCUGAGGAAGGCACCAUUGGCCCCGACGCUGCACCCCCACCCUCAGAGUCAAACCCAACAUCACCACCAACAGCACCUCCCCCUGUCCUCUCUCCUGGAUGACUCUGAAGACGACGUCACCAGCUCUGUCAACAACGCCAUCUCAGCCAUCGCCGCCGCAGCUGCCGCCAACUGUGAUAUGAACAGUGGGAACAGAGGCGACGAUAGGAGGGAUAUCAUCGGAGGGCUGUUGGGGGGGCUGGACUUAGGUCCCUUGGGGUCCCCUUCAUCAACAUCUGGGAUGGAUAAGACCUAUAGAGGAUCAGGGAACCAGGAUGGUAUGAGUGGUAAUAUGAACCAUAACCAACAGCAGGGGAAUGAUCCACAGAACCCUGCUGCCAAACCAAAACGUCCCCGGAAACCCAGGAAGCCCAAAGACCCCAACGCUCCCCCUAAACGCAGGCAGUACACCCCCAGAGCUCCCAGGGAGUCGAGCAACAUUCCGCGGCCAUAUCUGUGCAGUGUUUGCGGCAGGGGGUUUGCACGCCGCGAGACCCUGCGUAGGCACGACCGUGUCCAUACUGGGGAGAAGCCCCACCGCUGCAGUACAUGUGGGAAGUACUUCAGAGAGGCCUUCCACCUCACCAAGCACCACACCGUUCACUCUGGGGAGAAGAACUACAAGUGCAGCCUGUGUGGGAAAGAGUUUGGCUACUCCCAGAGCCUCAAGAGGCACGGGAAGCUCCAUCAGAAAGGGGAGCUGGAAGAGGUCCCCACAACACCAGGAGGGGAGAACCUCAACAACUUCAACACAAACCCGUCAUGUGGGAUGGGCCAAGACAGGGAACAGAACCAAGGAAACAGCUCCUCCUCCUAUUAUUCAUACCCCCAAGAUGUCAAGCCUCAAGGCUCUAACAGCCAGCCCCCCCCCAGGCUCUACACCUGUGCCAUAUGCUGGAAGUCUUUCCGUCAUCACUUCCACCUGACGGCUCAUCACCAGACGGUCCAUGAGAACGGAGGUGAGAAGCUGUUCAGCUGCGAGGUUUGUGGGAAGGCCUUUGCCUACUCCAACAGCCUCACUCGACACAGACUGUCGCAGCACGGCCUGGCCCGCACCGGCCCUGACAACGCACAAGGGGACGGCAGUGGGUCAGGGGUAAACAGUGCAGCUGGUGGUGGAGUGAGUGGGACUGCGUCAGAGAGCGAGGCAGCCACCAACGCCCUCCUUCAGAUGGCACCUUCCACUGAGGGCCACGGGGGGCAGCAGAGUCACAGUGUUGUCACCCACAGUCAUCAACAACAGCCACCUCAGCCCCCAGCUGGCUACUCCCCCUUUUCUAUGAUGCUGGUACGGCCCACUCCUCAGCCUCCAGCAUCCCUCCCUACUCUCAGCCCCUGCCACCCAACUCCACAAUCAUGCCCCCUCAGCACCAGCAUUCCCCAGCAAGGGUGAAAGGGGAGCACAUUUACCCAGCUGGGUCCAGUAGUCACACCCUUCACACUACAGCUCCAUUCCAGCCCCUCACGGAGCUGCCAUCCGACCACCAUCACCACCACCACCACCACCAUUCUUCACAUCACCACCACCGUUCAGAGCCACAGUCCCAGCAACCACACCACAGGAACAUCCAAUCACACGAUGACAUGAGGAGGCACAAGAAGAAGAGAAAGUCCGACAGGAGGGAGGGAAGGGGGGACAUGUGGGGGGAGUCCUCAGGCUUCGUCAGAGACGAGGAGAGGAAAGACCAGAGGAAGAGGAGGUCUGUUUUGCAAAAACAGCUGAGGAAGAAAAAGCUUCUGUUGAAGAUUAGACGAGGGGGGGGAGGGGGAGGAUAUGAGCUGGUCACAACAAGAGGGAUGAAGAUACAAAUCCUGUCAUCUCUCAAAGUCCCAGUGAAACGUUUUGCCUGCUCCAUCUGUCCCCACGCCAUGUUCGCCCGCCAGGCCGGCCUGCUAGCCCACAGGGCAGCUAAACACACCCAGAGAGUCCUGUCCCCCCAGGAGCGUCUGUGCUGCGGUGUGUGUGGGAAGCAGUCUCACAGGCUCCUGGAAGCCUUCAUCCACCGGGCGACUCAUCGCGCCCGAGGGUCCUUCUCCUGCAGACGCUGCUCUGCUCGCUUCUGGAACGCCCCCCUCCUCCGCAGGCACAAGGUGACCUGCCGACAUCGGGCCAAGGGACUUCCACGAGGUGGCGCUAUCCGCCUGAAGUUGUCCAAGAGGGCGGGGGAGAGGAAGAGCAGAGAGGAGCAGGGGGAGAUGUCGCACUCCCUGCUUACAGAGUACAGAUACUGAGCUUGCUGAAUUCUAAGGUAGUGGCAUUUAGAUUUUCAUUGAUAGGAAAGGGAGAGGUUAUCAGUUUUGGACUAUACAUAGAAGAAGAUGGACUUUAAAAAAACAAAAGCCUUUGGGGGGGCGAUUGAAUUGGUCUGGUGUCUGUCUGGACCUCAUCAACUCAACUCACUGACUGUUAGAAUGACUGUUUUAACAACAUGAACUACUGUAGAUCAACCAAGGAUCACCCGGAAUUCUUCCAUCCAACUGUAUGGGAGGAUGUUGAAAGACAUUACUGUUUUCAUAUGAUCAUUAACCCUUAAGUGCAUUGACACUAUGCUUGGCUGACACUGUGCAGUUAUUAGACAUGUUUAGGUGAUUUGACCUGCUAAUUUAACUCUACCCCCUCAGCCUUACUAGCAUCCCUUCUAUACCCCUAGCUGUAUGAUAACUCUGUCUCUGCUGUGUACUAUGUCUUGUUGAUGUUCACCUAGAGCCCCUUUGGGGAUUUUUUUAUGUAAAAAGUGCAUUUAGUAGGAGUAGGGAGAGGGUGGGACACAGACUUCUGGUUGGUAGAGAGGCAGUCUGUUUGUCGGUGCAUGUGUGUUUUUUGGUCAGUUUGUUGCGGAGGUUGUGAACUCACUAUGUGAUGAUUAAUUCAGUACAUCCGAAAAGGACGUGUUUUAAGCGUAAGUUAAUAAAGUCCUGACAAAUGUCCCCAGUGAUUUAAUCACGUCUUUAAAAAUACAUUUGAGAAUCUUAAUAGAUUGAAGUGAAUACCACUUCCAGACAACAAAGUGUAUCUUACAAAAAGCCUUGCUAAUCAUGACUUUAUUUCAUUUUCAUGCCUGUGGAAACAAUUGUAGCUUUUAUACCAAGAUAUUGAGAUCAAGACAGGAUGAACAAAGCUCACUGUAACGUAUAUUGUGUUAAUAUCUUAUCAUUUACAUUUACAUUUAAGUCAUUUAGCAGACGCUCUUAUCUUAUCACUGCUGUGUUUGUUUUCACAAAGUACUUUAUUUAGCUUUUACUGUUCCUUCAUAGUAGCAAAACCAGUUAUGAUUACAUGUAUUAAUGUGUGUUUAACUCCAUCUGUCGACCUGCCAAACCUGGAUUCUAUCCUGUCCUCUUCUCUUAUUUUUUUGCUGAGUUGCAAUCAUGUUCAUAACCCUGUCGGGCCUUGUUUUAUCUUCUAAAGAAAAAGAAUAGUUCUAAGUACAUUUCUAUCACUUUAUUUACUUAAAACAAAGAUAGUUGUUGAUUAUACUUCAGCAUUGAAUAAAACAUAAGUGUUC